AUGGAGCCGAUUUCGUGUAGAGUUUCCAGUUUCUGCAAACCGUUAUCUCAACAAAAUCAGUGCAAAGUUCGAGGGAAACAUUCUCUUCGGCAACCCAAAUUGAUCACUCCAGAAGCAAAACCAGUAGUAGAAACCCCGUCGGCAGUUGAAGCGGCAUCGGUGCCGAUGCCUCAAAAGCCUAUUGAUGUACCAAAUGUGGGUCAGAAAACUACCGAUGAAAAACCCACUCCAGCAAUACAAACAAAUACUGAGAACAGUUUGAGGAAAGAUCAAGAGGUUCCUAAGAUGGGAUUAGCGGAAUCGAGCAAAAAACACGAAGAUGGGAUUAGAUCUCCCUGGUGCGAUUUCUUCGAAUGA